AGCAGCACGAGCCGGCGCGCGGCUUCUGAACGGCCCUGCGGGUCCCUCGGCGGGCACCGUACGGGCUGUGGCGAAGGGAGCGGCGGAGCAGAAAGCCUGGAGCAGAAUGUUCGCGGAGCUGAACGAGCUGCUGAACGCUUCCCCGGAGAGGCCCGAGCAGGGGAAGCUCACAUUGCUGCGCGACACCAAGACAGAUGGCAGCUUCCUGGUGCACCACUUCCUCUCCUUUUAUCUCAAAGCUGGCUGUAAAGUCUGUUUUGUGGCCCUGCUCCAGUCCUUCAGUCACUAUAACAUCAUAGCACAGAAGCUGGGAGUCAGUCUGACCGCAGCAAAAGAGCGGGGACAGCUUGUGUUCUUGGAAGGCCUGAAAUCCUGCUUUGACGUCUUUUUUGGUGAGGAGCAGCAUGUGGGGCAGACCAAUCCCCUUCAGUUUGUAAGCAAAGAUGGCUCCAACCUGAAAACCAUGUAUGAGUUUGUCCGGACAUCCCUGAUGGCUUCUGGUAGCGAUUCCUGGAAAUGCCCCGUGUUGCUGGUGGAUGAUCUCAGCGUCCUGCUCAGCCUGGGUGUGAGGCCGGUUGAUGUUUUGGAUUUCAUCCAUUACUGCAGAGUUGCAGUGUGCUCCCAGUUAAAGGGGAACAUAGUGGUGCUAGUGCACAGCAAUGAUGAUUCAGAAGACGAGGAGAAUGAACUGGUCGUGAAUUCCCUCUGUCACCAGAGCAACCUAAUCCUUUGGGCAGAGGGGCUGGCUACCGGCUUCUGUAAAGAUGUUCACGGACAGUUAAAGAUCAUUCAGAAGGGGUCAUCCGAGCUGAAAGCAGAGAAGAAUCUCCUCCGAAUCUACCAGUAUAAAAUUCAGGACAAGAAUGUCACAUUUUUUGCCAGAGGGAUGUCAGCAGCUGUGUUGUGAAUUCCAAGGCACAAUUCAGCACAGGACCUGAGGCCAAGGGGAGAGUGGUACUUGAUACCUGGGGAAAAAACAGGAGAUGCCAGCAAUACAGCCUGGGUAUUUUUUUAGCACUUUCCACGACCAAUCCAGUAAAUGUGGUGUGAGCAGAAUUUGCAUUGGCACUAAGUGGCAUUUAAAAUCCAAACCUGCAGUGAACUCUGUGCAGGUGGAGGGAUCUGCAUGAACAGAUCGGGGCCUAAAUCAGUUCCCCUCCCUUUACUGUCCAGCAGCAUUCCACUGUAAUAUACAAAGGGUUCGAAUUGCAAAGAAGAGCAAAAUGUAAUGAAUUUUAAAUAUAAUUAACAAACAGGCAGCUGCCAUCUUGAUAGUCUGAUAUAGCUUAUUAUUGUUCAUUUAUUUGAAAGAAAGUAGGCCUAGUCCAUCAAGAUUGCAGUUCCGUUGUGCUAGGCACUGUACAAAUAGUGAGACAGUACCUGCCCUGAAAUGCUUAAAAACAUAAGAACGGCCAUACUGGGUCAGGCAAAAGGUCCAUCUAGCCCAGUAUCCUGCCUACCGACAGUGGCCAAUGCCAGGUGCCCCAGAAGGAA